ACAGUUUGGCGAUCGCGGAUCGGGACCUUCCCUCAGCCACAGGCCGACAGCCCACGCCGUCGAACGGCCGGGGAUCCGGUACCUCCGCUCCGCCCCCGACUCCCUCUCGCCGGACGGCUGCAGAUCCGGUCAGGCCGAUCCGUCUCGGACCCGGUGGUAGCAGUGGAGGAAUCCGCUGCCGGUCCAUCGAUCGGGAGAGAUGCGGCAGCAGCGGGGCGGGGUCGGGGCCGGGAGGAGGGAGGAUGACCCGGUGCUCCUCACGAGAGCCGUCAACAGGGCGUUCCGCUUCGUCCGCCUCGCCGAGUUCGAGAUCUUCUUCGUCCUCUUCUUCCUCAUCGCCUUCUUUCUCUUCAAGGACCUCAUUAUAAUCUGUAGGAGAGAAGAACGCUGCACGGUGGGAGAAGGAGACGCUUGUACGUGCGAUUUGAAGAUAACUGUACGUCCGAUUUGGGAAAGAUGUCACAGCCUCAAUACAAUCAGCUAUUUGUCAAGAAGCCUGAUCUAGAUAACCCCUGGCCUUAGGGAGUACAGAACUACAUAUGUGUAUAAGUUGUAGCCUACUAGCCUGGUCUUUUCUUUGAGUUGUGUUGCAAGUACUCUUUGAAGCCCUGUUAUCAGGAGCAUGUUUUAUGAUUAGUUAGAGGAUUCUCUUCGGUGACGAUGAAUAUAUUUAGCUAGUCAUUUUAA